AUGUGUUGUAACUACGGGAACUCCUGUGGCUAUGGCUGCGGAUGCGGCUAUGGAACUGGCUAUGGCUGUGGCUAUGGCUCCCAUUGUGGCUGUGGCUAUGGCUCAGGCUAUGGCUGUGGCUAUGGGUCACGUUGUGGCUGUGGCUAUGGCUCAGGCUAUGGCUGUGGCUAUGGCUCACGUUGUGGCUGUGGCUAUGGCUCAGGCUGUGGCUGUGGUUAUGGCUCAGGCUAUGGCUGUGGCUAUGGUUCCCGUUGUGGCUACGGCUAUGGCUCAGGCUGUGGCUAUGGCUAUGGCUCAGGAUGGGGCUGUGGAAAAGGCUCCUGCUGUGGCUGCUGUGGCUACCAGCCACUUUGCUACAGAAGAUGUUAUUCUUCUUGCUGCUAG